AUGGCCUCCGGCGCAGGCCGCAAAAAGUCCAUCGUAUCCACCACAGGGCUCCAAAUCGACACCAACGCCAACACCCUCCUCAACAAAUCUGCCUCACAGUCCACCUCCCUCUACCAGCAAUGCUCCGCCCUCAGAACUAGACUCCUCAGAAUUCGCGGCUUCGCCCAAUACUUCAACAACACCUCCUCAGACUCACGGCAGUCCACAGACCCAGUAACCCAGCUCUGGGACCUCUUCUCCACUGGCACUCCGCUAUGCUAUAUCUUCGAUCAGCUUCCUGAGGAGGCUGGCUUCAAGAAGCUCAACAACUCCACCUUUGACCAGGAAAAGUUUGAAGCAAACCCUGAUAGGGCCAAGAAACAUGCUAUUGCCCUCUUCGCCAUGCAGAUUCGAGCAGACAAGGUCAUGCAGGAGAUUCCGGGGUGCGAGUUGUUCACCGUUACGGACCUUUGGGACCGGAACUCGACAGACGGUUUGGUCAAGGUAAUCAACACCGUCACCGCUAUUGUAGACCACCUUCCCCCGGAUGCCUUUGAGGAAUCCCCGCCGUCCCCACACUCCCUGCAGGAGAAUGGUUCCACAGAGUCUCUCAACGACACACUGGUGUCGUCAGUCAUCAACACCCCCAAGGGCUCCGCGCAGACAAACAUCAUUCGAGAGAUGGUAGAAACGGAGCGUAAAUACGUGCAGGACCUAGAGAUUAUGCAGAAAUACUCCAACGCUCUUUCGCAAGCCAAUCUCAUGGACCAGGAUACUAUCCACCUCCUGUUCCCAAAUCUGAACAAGCUUCUAAAUUUCCAGCGCAAGUUCCUCAUCCGGCUGGAGAGCACAGCGGAGAUGCCAUGGCAAGAACAACGAUGGGGUCAGCAUUUCCUAGAAAGCGAAAACGAAUUCAUUGUUUAUGAGCCGUACUGUGCCAACUACACGAAUGCUACAGAGCUUAUGCUCGCUAAUGAGCAAAACCUAGUGCCUCUGAACCAUUUGAUCAAUGUCAAAGGCGAGCUGCCCGGUUUGCUUAUCAAACCGAUCCAGCGCAUUUGCAAGUAUCCCCUCCUCCUUGACUCUCUUAUCAAAGCCUGUUCGCCGUCGACUUACGAUCAUUAUGACGAGUUGAAGCGUGGCUCAGAAGCGGCUAAGCGCAUAACGGACAAGAUCAAUGAGGCACAAAGGCGCGCCGAAAACGAGCAAACUGUCAAAAGUCUGCAAUCUAGAAUCGACGACUGGAAGGGCCAUCACCUAGAAAACUUUGGCGAACUUCUCCUCGACGAUGUGUUUGUGGUGACCAAAUCCGACAUUGAUCGGGAAUAUCACGUAUUCUUGUUCGAACGCAUAAUUCUCUGCUGCAAGGAGGCAAGCCCCAAUCAGCCAACCAAAGGCGGAAAGGGUAUCAACAAAAACGGUUCAAUUCUCAAGAAGCCUGUACCACUCGCGCUACCAGGCGGCAAUGGGACACCGCAGAAAAAUACACCUCUUCUGUUGAAAGGGCGUAUCUUCCUCGGUAACGUUACUCAAGCUAUCCCUGUUCCAGCACGAGCGUCUCCGACAAUCGGUGUUGCCACUCAAUAUCCACUUGCCGUGUGGUGGAAGGGCGAUGAUGAUCUAGAAUAUUUCACUUUGCGAUGCCGCCAUGAAGAUCAAAUGCGGCAAUGGGAAGCGACGAUUAAUCGUCUCAUCAAGGAGGCCGCGCAGAGACGCGCGUCCGAACGUGCUGGCUCAGGUAUGUCGCGUAUCGUCACCGCCAACAGCACGAAUCCUGCCCAUGCGAGAAUGGUCAACUCCCACUAUUCAUCGACUUCAACCGCACCCGUAUCCGUCUAUUCACAGUCACAACCACAAUCUUCCCAACCUUCUAUUCGAUCUCGCCCCAGUUACACUAGCUAUGACUAUGACGACCAGACUGCCUUUUCAAGCAACACUAAUUCGACAUAUGGCGGUGGGCCGAAAGGGUACCCGCCACAUGAUGGUUUCGAUUUCGAGCCAGAUGAAGAUGAACUCGAGGAUUAUCCUCCCGCUUCGAUAGCUUCAUCUGGACGUGGAACACCGGUUGGUUCGCGCAGGACACCAAAUGCGUUUAGCAUGCCUCCAGAGCGCGAGUCAACUGCGGGAUACGACAGAACGGUGCGAGCACAGACUGAAGGCACAGACGGCCCGAAUAUGGCUCAAUGGAGAGCAAAUGGUCUGCCUCCCCUCCCCUCAGCCUCGGUUGUUUCUCCGAAUGGGCAUAUACGCCCAAUCACACCUCGUGUACCCUCAAGUUCUAAUAUGAGCGCCAACAGCUACGCCUCCGAUGCUAGCUUUGGAACGGGUGUUCCCCGAUCAUCCACUGGACGGCCGCCGCUGCGAAGUCAGUUUAGCUCGUCGCGUCUGAAGAGCGGGUAUGAGAGUCCGAAUAGCGUGAAUGGAAUGCCUACUAGGGGACGGGCGGUGACGCCAACGCUGAAUGUGAACAACGUGAACAACGUUGCUCCUGCUCCCGCUGCGCCACCGAUGACCCGGUCGCGGAGUGCGAGCCAACCAAGCGCGUACAACCCGCCACCGAAAUCGAUGCCGCCGCCGCCACUCCCCGCUGGCGCUGCGAAGCCAAUGUCGCAUUGGAGCCAGAGUCAGGAACACCAGCGGCCGCUGAACGGGUUGCCGACAAAUGUAAAUGUACCCAAGGGCAAGCGCGGGAGCGGGUCGAGCCAUUCUACGGGCGAAAGCUCCGAUUAUUCGCCGAACAGCUCGUCCCCGAUCACACCGUUUGGAUCGAGCGAGUCGUCGUUGACGGGCGAUGGGGGCAUGCCACGGUCGCACGGGUUUGAUCACCAGUCGCAGGCCUAUGAUCAGUCGCCGCCUGUGAAGGUUAAGGUGCAUUUCCAUGAAGAUAUAUUCGUGAUUCAGGUGCCGAGGGUGACAGAGUAUGAAGAGCUGGUAGAAAAAGUCGGGCGCAAGAUCCGCUUGUGCGGGCCCCGUCGUGAAGAUGGUCCAUUGCGGGUGAAGUACAGGGAUGAAGAUGGGGACAUGGUUUCUCUGGGCUCGACGGAAGAUGUCCAAAUGGCGUUCGAACAGUAUCGACCAGGAGGACAGGUCGUUACGCUCUUUGUCACAUGA